CGGAGAUCCCAGUUUUACCCAAUUCAUAACUGUUUUUUCGAAUUUCCUCGGUAAUAAACACCUCAUGAUGAUCAUGCGUGAGUAAAGAGUAGAAAUGCAGAAAACUCAAGCAGACUAAGUCAUUACUGCAGUAACGUGGUUUGCAGAAUGAAAAUAAAUAGCAACACGAUAAUAGUUGGAGAGAAACUUGUGCUGGUUCCAUAUGAAGAAAUUCACGUACCCAAAUACCAUGACUGGAUGAAAUCUGAGGAGCUCCUGAUAUUGACAGCUUCAGAACCGCUCACUCUAGAGGAAGAAUAUGAAAUGCAAAAGAGCUGGAGAAAUGAUGAAGACAAAUGUACAUUUAUAGUUUUGAGCAAAGAAAAAUAUGAUGGACCAAAGACAGAAAUUGAUGCUAUGGUGGGUGAUGUCAAUCUAUUCUUUGCUGAAGAGACAGAUCCUCAUUCAGGAGAAAUUAAUAUGAUGAUAGCAGAUGAGAGCGUACGUCGCAAAGGUUUUGGUACUGAAGCGUUGUUUCUCAUGAUAAGAUACGGGUGGGAGAAAUUAAAAUUGCAGCGAGUACGAGCAAAGAUUGGAAUGGACAACCAGCCCAGCAUAAAGAUGUUCACGAAAUACGGGUUCCGUGAGGUCUCUAGAUCGGAUAUCUUCAAAGAAUUGACUUUAGAGCUAAAUUUAGGAAAUGACGCCAUAGCAAAAAUUACAGAAUUGUCAGAGGGCUAUAGAGAAGAAAAAUAUAAAUAAAUCAGUUAAAAAUCCCA